AUGUUAGCAUGUUUAGCAUAUUCUUCGUAUUCUUCUAAAAGUAAUUUGCCAGCUUCUUCGUUAAGCGCAGAUUCCGGAUUAGGAAAAAUCAAGAGACAUUUUACAGUCUUCAAAUAUGUACGUAUGCGCUUUCAAUGUCAACUAUUUACAAGAUCAAAACUUGAUGAAAUUGCAAUAAAACUUGCACAGGAUUCAAUAAAUUCGGGAGUUAAUGGCAGUUCCAAUAGUUAUAUUGAGUAUGUAAAAAAUAUUUAUAAUUCAUAUUUUAAUCAGCAUAAAAGUAAUUAUGAUGUUAACGUGUUGCAAGCAGCUUUAGAAGAACAUGGUUUAGAAACUCAAUGGUUUGAUUCUAGAAAAGAGGAUGCUACAGUUUGGAAUUUAGAUUCAAAAUUAUCAAAACCUCAUAAAUUUUUAAAUUCAGAAGAGGUAAGUAAAGAGGAUGCUACAGUUUGGAAUUUAGAUUCAAAAUUAUCAAAACCUCAUAAAUUUUUAAAUUCAGAAGAGGUAAGUAAAGGCUAA